AAUGGCCAAUUGCGAUGCCGCUUUCAGGCGUAUGUGUAGGACAUACCCGUGGGGCCUGAAGGGGCUUUAUGCGGCAACCGAAGCGGUUGGGCGUCGGACGGUAACUUUCGGAGAUGCCGCCAAAAGGAAAAAGCGGUUCUGGAAAAGGGGGGAAAGCCUCUGGGAGUGACAGUUCUGACAAGAAGGCUCAGGGUCCCAAAGGUGGUGGAAAUGCAGUAAAGGUCAGACACAUUCUGUGUGAAAAACAUGGAAAGAUCUUGGAAGCCAUGGAAAAGUUAAAGUCUGGAAUGAAAUUCAAUGAAGUGGCCGCACAGUAUAGUGAAGAUAAAGCCAGGCAAGGGGGCGACUUGGGCUGGAUGACCAGAGGGUCCAUGGUGGGACCAUUUCAAGAAGCAGCAUUCGCCUUGCCUAUAAGUGUGCUGGAUAAGCCUGUGUUUACUGACCCUCCAGUUAAGACAAAAUUUGGGUAUCACAUUAUAAUGGUCGAAGGGAGAAAAUAAAAUUGUAUGAAAGGCUGCAUGCUUUAUACAUUGUUUAUUUCUUUAAAAGGUGUUUUCUGAUCCUUGUAUUUUACGAACGCUGUCAUUGUGGGUUUGUGGGGGUAGAAUCAGGUGGGUUAGGUUGGUGUGCACUGCAGUAGGUAUUUAGUCGGUAGUUCUCAAAAGAUAAGUCAAGCAGACUCCUGUUAACCUGUAGUCCCUUUCCUCCCAGGACUACUUUAUCUGAUUCUCAGUAUAUCCCAUACGUUAAUUUAGAAACCAUCUCUAGAGGAGCCAGAUAUCAGCUCACACUAUUCACACAUUGAACUGGACAUCAAAUAGAUGGAUCAGCGUAUGAAGAGCGUAAGUUAAGUUCCUAGACCAACACAUGUUCUAUAAGCUAGCCAAUGCUGAUCUGCCAAGACAGUUGUUAUUAGCUCCACUGUCAUAACAUAGUACAUAACACAUAAUGGCCAUUCAGUGUUAACUCCUUUCUUUUUAUAUAAAUGUUUAUUGGAAGAAAAAAGGCACUCAGUUCUUCCACUGGUUGUUUGUACUAGACUAAGCAGCAGCCAGUCAUCAAGUGCUGGUUUAAUUAAAAGGAGAAAUGUCAGCAUAAAAACAUUCCCUCUUCCUCAGAUGUAUGGGCUAUAUUAUGACAAUCCCUUCCAAGGCCAAUGUUUUGUGUAUCUACAAUUUUUAAUGUAUAAUGCCAUAAAUACACCAUACAAAAAAGUAUAAAGAAUAUAAAUACCAUACUGCUUCAAAAAUAAAACUUUGCCGACGCAA